AUGGGAGACAUGGAGUUCGCUAAAGUCCACGACUUCGCAAUUUUUCUUGAAGACCCUCUUGCAUCCCACAAUGACUUGAAAUUCAUUGUGGAUGGUAUGGAGAAAGCUUUCUUGAAGAAUGAUCAAGGUGAAAAAUUUGUGGAAGCAACAAUCGAAGACAAGAAAAUUCAAGUAAUAGAAAGCAUCAUUAGAGAAUCUCUCCAAAUUGAGGACAUACCUGAUUACCCCAUGGAGAUUGAUGUUCAUCAAACUGAGGAAGUCUUAGAGCAUAUGGGAUACAGUGGAACUUUUCCUCCUACAAUUAAGAAGUUGCUUCCUCCAUGCUGGAAGUAUUUGGCUCAUCUGUUCUGGAGCUUCAUUUCCGGUAGGAUAUCAGGAGCAAACGAGAUCUCUUUGGCCAACACUGGUGCCAUUGCAGCAUUGGCUGCAUGUUUUGAGUUCAAUUUCUCAAAAUUUAUAAUGAAUGAGAUGACACUGAAUCUUGAAGGGAGAAAAAGGGACAAAUUCUGGAUGUAUCCAAGAUUUUUACAAAUCAUCCUUAACGUGACUCACCUUGAGCUGCAUAGAGGAAAUGAUACUUCGGAUUUCAAAUCCAUUGGUCCAAGUGCCUUUGGACUAAUGAAACAAAAGAUAGGCGGGAAGUUCGUAUUUGAAGGAAAAUUUCCAUUAAUAAAAUGUGGAAUUUUUAAAGAGAAUGAUAAAGAAGAAUCAGAAGAACAAUCCAUGCAGAUGGAAAAUGAAGAUAUUUCUCACUUUCUCUCCGAGCCAGAAGAGGAGGAGAUUCAUGACUCUCCCACAGCUUGUGUAGCUGAUGAGCAUGAUCUUCAGAAAGCAAAUGAAUCAAAAUCUUCUCGAGAGGACGAUGACGAUGAUCUUUAUGAUGAUGUGGAGUUUUUAAAAGAAAUUGACUUUACAGGAAUCAAUGACGACAUUCCAACAAACAUGGAUUUUGAUCUUGGUGAUGAAGAUUUUGAUCCUUUUCUUGAUAUUCCUAGCAACCGUGUAAUUAAAGUCAAUGAAGUUGCUUCUUUAGCAACCAAGACUAGAGAUGAAGGAAAUGUUCUCAAGAUUCUACUCUCUACUUCAAAGCCCUUGGAGGUCGCAACAAGCCAAGGAGAUGUGACAUCAGAGAUUCCUCCCUCUGUGUCACUUGUCUCAACUUCUGCUCCAGUCAUUUUUUAUUCAACUGGACCUCAGACUUCCAUGAAAACAAGCCAAUCACUUGAAAGUCUGGAGGUACCCGCUGUAAGAUGUGCACCUCAAGUUCUUUCAACAAUCACUGCUACCUCUGCUCACUCUCCUCUAAAGCAAAUAGAUGAAGGUCCGAGUACCAUGUUUGAGACUGGUGGAUCCUCAUCAAUUCCAGAGUAUUCUCCAACUCGACCUUCACUAGAUGAAGCUUCUAUUACAUUAGUAAGACAUCUGCCUCAAUCUAUUCCAACUUCCUCACGCGGGAAAGGAUUAUCAUUUAAGGAGGGUCGGACAGAUGAUGACAAAUCUUCUUCGCUUGAUCUUCUAGAGGAGAUUAGGAUUCUCUGUCAACAGCUCAUCCAAAAGUCAAUUUAG